UAUAUAUAUUGUUCACAACUAGAAAUCACCCACCGUUUCUCUCUCUCUCUAGAUUGUUCGAUAAUCGGGUGUGAGAUGGCGCACAAUGGUUACGAUGGACUCGAGCAUGGAGUGUUGAACUGGCUUCCUCCACAACAUGCACCCGUUGGCCGUGGCUAUAAUAAGCAGCAGACAAAGGAGCAGCAGUUUGGAGUUGGGGUGCGUCGGCAUGGGAUAAAAUCUCCGCCGUCUGCUGAAGAAAUGAUGUUUCAGCAGGGACAAACGAGACGUAGAGCAAGAAACCAGGCGAAUUGGGCCUCAAGUGGGCCCGGAAUGCAGGCAAUAUUUUUGGGCUCGAACCCAAAAACUUCUGGCACUGGGGUUUUUAUUCCCCGGAAGGAUGGUGCUGAAUUCAGCAAUAAGCCUGCUUUCUCUCCAGUUUUGCUGCCUUCUCGAGUGGUUCAGGCCCUCAAUCUCAACGUGCAUGAGCUUGGCCAACCUAUUAAAUCUAAACCAGGUUAAUUAUUUUAUUACACCUAUAC